AUGCAGCUCUUCCAGGUCAUCAAAAGAUCGGCGUUGCUAGCCAUACUUUCUUCUCCAUUCCACGCACAUGCACAAGCAUCCCAGAACGCAGAUGGGCAAGAACUAAGCCCAUACAAUCAGAACCUGACGCUCCGUUUCUUCAAGGAUGGCCACGACGACACGUGUAACUACUACGACUCCCGCGACGCCUUGACCUUCACUACGAGUAGUAUUCCCGUCGUCCCCCACUGUUUCAGUCUUGGAGACCUCUUUGGUGGAAACGCCACGCAGGGCUUUGUGAACCAGACAUGGAACCUCGGUUCUAACAGGUUUGGUGACGAACAAGCGGGUAUAUACUGGACGCUUCUCAACGCCGACAAGUACGACAGAUCAGCAAACUACUCUCGGGUCCUAUACCGCCACCAUGUAGUGCAGGCUUAUGACGACAUAUGGAAGGAGGGCCAUCUCUCAAAUAUGAUGGCUACCGUCUACGGAGGGGAGGACUGCUCUGAACUCGAUCCUAACGAUGACCAAAACUUGCUGAAUUGGUUUGGGUACAGCUUUUCAAUCUUGCCUCAGUCGACCAGAGGUCAGACCGCAAGUGCUGGUUGCAUUCGGAAUUGGGCGCGGCUGUGCAUGGAUUCUCGUCUUCUCGGGCGAUAA